GGGCAGCUCUCCCUCCCGCGGCAGCCAUGGCAGAGGGCUCCGAGAAGGUGCCCAUCGCCCGAGCGGGGCCCGAGGAUGUGGAGCAGUGCUUGCCCCCCGCGUACGCGGCGGCGGCGGCGGCGCCCCCCGGGCCGGGGCGGCUGCUGAAGGCGGGGGCGGCCGUGCUGAUCGCCGGAGCCCUCCUGCUGCUGGCCGGGGCCAUCGGCGCCUUCUACUUCUGGAAAGCCACCGAGCGGCAGGUGUACAAUGUUCACUAUACCAUGAGCAUUAAUGGAAAAGUACAAGACGGAUCGAUGGAAAUAGAUGCUGGAAACAACUUAGAGACAUUCAAAACGGGAAGUGGGAGUGAAGAGGCUGUUGAAGUUCAUGAUUUUCAGAUUGGCAUCACUGGGAUCCGUUUUGCUGAAGGAGAAAAGUGUUACAUCAAAGCUCAGCCAAAAGCUCACGUCCCCGAAGUUGAUGCCAUGACUAAAGCGAGCCUCUCCUCUGAGCUGGAAGAUGAAAUCAUGCCUGUGAGAUUCGACGAAAACUCCCUUAUCUGGGUGGCUGCAGACGAGCCUAUCAAGCAUAACAGUUUCCUAAGCCCCAAAAUUCUAGAGCUUUGCGGGGAUCUUCCAAUUUUCUGGCUGCGACCAACAUAUCCCAAAGAUAACCAAAGGAGAGAAAUGAAGAGAAACAAACGCCAAACAGAAUCAAACUUUGAUACGGAAGACUUGGAAGCUGCUAUGGAAGAAGUAAACACCAGAUCACCCACCACACAGCUGAAUCAGGAGCUUGGGCACCAAGCUAAUGAAACAGGGCCAAUGGGACAAGAAACCGAUGAAACACUUAAUCCAGACAACCCAUACAACCAGCUGGAAGGCGAAGGGAUGGCUUUUGACCCCAUGCUGGACCACCUGGGCGUGUGCUGCAUCGAAUGCCGGCGGAGUUACACGCAGUGCCAGAGGAUCUGCGAGCCCCUCAUGGGCUACCACCCAUGGCCCUACAACUACCAGGGCUGUCGCACCGCCUGCCGCAUCAUCAUGCCCUGCAGCUGGUGGGUCGCUCGCAUCAUGGGUGUCGUCUGAGGGGGGGGAAAAAAGCAUCCCGGAUCCCUGACAAAACAAGGGGGGGAAACGCAACGACCACAAACUGGUAACAGGCUACAGCCAAAGCAGCAGUACCAAUCCUGGCUUUAAAAAAAAAAACAAAACAAAAAAUCCAGAGUGUGUGUUACUGCACCAAAAGCCAAGUCAGGUGUUCUCACUGAAAAUAAAAAUUUUAAGUUAACGUUCCAUUAGUUUUACAAGUGACAAGGGUGUACUAGCACUUAGUGAAUUCGAAACCUAAGACAUCCCCCCCAAAAAGACAAUAUGAAAACUUUGCUCACAAACUGGUUUAUAGAAUCAUAGAAUCAUAGAAUUGCCCAGGCCGGAAGGGACCUCCAAAGGUCAUCUAGUCCGACCUCCCCGCAGUCAGCAGGGACACCCCCAACUAGACCAGGUUGCCCAGGGCCUCAUCGAGCCUCACCUUGAAUAUCUCCAGGGAUGGGGCCUCAACCACCUCCCUGAGCAACCUGUUCCAGUGCUUUAGCAGUCUCCAGAAGCUUGCUCGUAAAGCCAACCUCAGCCUUUCACAACCAACUCCCCUCUUUCCAAGCUAGAUGUGAAAAUUACGUCCAAUUAGGCGACUAGCUCAACUGGUAGGCUGGGGAGUACCUUUCAUCCAUGCAGCUUACUUAAAUAAAUCACAAGUUAGGUUGCUCCCCGUCGCUGUUCAUACCGAGUUGCCAGGUCAUUAUGGAUGGUUCUAAACCAAUUAGAGCAUCCCUUUCCCACAAAGCUGCUCCAGGGGCCAGGGGAAAGCACGUGUCGUGCUCAAUCGGAAACAACUGGCAGGAGAAGGGAGGGGGCUGCGGGAGGGGGAUGUGCGCGGCUGCAGAAUCAAAACCCUUCGCACAUCCCAGCAUCAAAAAAACCCCAGCACCAAGAACCCUGUAUCCACGACACCGCCACAGUGUCUAACAACUAUCUGCUACCCAGCCACUACAGCAAAAAGUAGUUACAGGCAGUCGCAGACCAAAGAGUCUCGAGACCCUUCAGAAUCUGCAACAGCCGCCAUGUUUAUAAAUCCUUGAAGUAGACACUUUUGACACGAGAUUACAACCCCUCUUUAUUCCACGAGGAUAGCAGCCACCCAUUCCAGCUCCGCGAGCUUCCCUGAAGCCAACCUCCCUUCCCUGCAAAGAGAAACUGCUUACCAGUGAGGAGGGAAAAAAACAGAAAAAGGGGGGGAAAAAAAAAGAUAGAAAUAGGUUUAUAACCUCACCCUUUUUUGCUUACUUGCAAAACUCUGUAAUUACUGGGAUUGAUCCUAUUGCGUAUUAAAUCUCUAAGGAAGGUACUAAGCUGAAACACAAAAACGGAAUGGCUUAGGAUUUCUAGCCUUGAAAAACCAAGACCAGAGUAUCGCGCUGCCUUCAUCCACACGAUACAUCUUGAACUCCACCAGGGAGUUUAUGGAGCCAUCUACAUGGGCUUUAAAUGCAGAAUGGUCCCAUUUUUCUUAGGCAUUCAUUUUUGUGACUAAACACCUCUUGAGAUGUUGCAAGCCUCCUAAUGUUAUUAACACCGCGUGACACACAGAAAAGAGGAAUUAAUUUGACAUAAUCGUGGCUUAAAGAAAAUAAAGACAACCUCAUGUGGAAUGCUAAACUGCGUAUCUAAAAAGCAAAGUGUUAAAUGAGAGUAAGAUGAGAAUAGAAUUCAGUAUUUUGCUCUAUUGUAGUGUUUUUCUGAAUAUAAGCUUCACCUUCCCUUAAUCUGAAGAACAGACUUGCUUUGAAAUAUUUAAAUUAAAAACUUCUUAAAGUGGGAUUUCAAGGCCUGUUAAAUUUGAGUUUCUGCUUUUUGAAAUGAAAAUGACCUUGAUGAUUACGUUGUUGUUGUAGAAGUACACCAUUUGUAUGCUUAGAAAAGUUGGGUUUCCUUUUGUUUUGGUUUGUGGGGUUUUUUUUUAUUGCAGAUUAAACAAACACAUGAAAAAA